AAUGUGCGUGUUACCUUUUUCUGCAACAAUUGUGUUCAUCUCGAAUGUUUAAGCUCGGCAUUCGCGCUCACACUACAAUGGAUCCUCCGGUCACAAACAAAGACAUGGCAUUUCGCAAGUUGUGCGCUGAACGUUUCACAACGGCGAUCGUGAUCAGCGUUGGGCUGCAGUACCUCUUGGCGACAGCAGUUUUGAUGUUCGUCAACUUCGACCUGCUCCAUCCAAUGAGCUGGAUUACCGAUACGAUGCGCCUGUUACUGUCGCUCCACACUUGGCUGGUGUCGAUUCCUGCAUCCGCGGCAUUCAUUUUUCACGGUCUAGCACUCGCCAAAACGUGUCUGCUCGAAAAUCGAUACUAUCCGACGGUGUUCGAAAGCUGGUAUCGCGGUCUGGUGCAUCGUUCGUAUCUUCUGCUUACCGCCGGAACCAUGGGCUGCCUAACGGCGUUGUUUUUCACACGGUUCUUGCGGGCCGAGUACCGUCUGUUGGUGGUAACCGAUGUCAACGAUCGGUUGUCGACACUCAAUCAUCGCUUGCUGUAUCUUCUCGUGAGUGGCCUUUUUGCCGGGUCAUACUUCUACUUCAGCCGCGAAAGUGAUUCGCUAAGCACGCAGACUUCCGAAAGGAGAGUUCAGGGCGAGAGGAAGAAUUUCCGCCAGGACCUAGGUAUGAUUUUGUUUGAAUCGAUUCGCCAGUCGUUUGUUCCAACGCUUGUUUACUUGUGUUUUUACUACACACUCGUACUGCUGUUUCGAGGAAGGAUCGCGCAACUGUUUGGCAAAGAAGUGUCGACUGUUUACGGUUUCUACCGCACCGCUACGGACCUUCGCUUGCAAUUGUACACAUGGCUGGUGUUUGCGUUGAUUCUGGCUAAAAUGAAAUUAAUGUUGCGUUUAUUCCGUGUUUUCGUCUAUGAGCCACACCAGUUUAUCAUUAGCAUCGGCAGUUACCAACAGCAAUCUAAGACCAGUGAACCGGUACUAGCGGAAGCACUCGACUAUAGACAGAUUCCCGUCAUCCAGCACCUGGCGGCUGAGGAUCUGUGCACCAUUGGAAAAGAAAGCAAUAACUCCCGUCGGCGUCUGUUCUACCAACUUACUGAUCCCGGUGGCCAUCCAUUAAACUGGCGCCACAUGUGCGACACAUGCCUGAAGUUAAUACGUGACUUUACACACGAGCUGCAUGAAUCGAUCGGCGGCAUCGACUUGAGCCCGUCUCCUCCGAUGGUCAUGAUGGGUGGACGCUUGAGACCGACCACUUCGACGGAUAUCGACCGUUUGCUGAGGCAGCAGUACAAUCAAAAUUUCGGCAUCCGCAGCCUGUCUGUACCGGUGCUCACAAAUACCAGAGGCACUGGGCCGGUGGCAAAUGAGCCUAUAUGCGAUUUCAGAAUAGAACCCGUAACUUUGAUUAGUAUUCUCGAACGUUUUCAAAUUUAUCAAUAUCUUUUCGUGGAGCCUAAAACCGCUAAAAGUUGUCAUUUGCUGUCGGUGAAAUCGGAGCUGAUUGUGAAAGUAACAGAAGGUCUAAGCACGCUAGCAUGUCAUUCGCUGCAAGAAGAUCAGUACGGAGUAGUGCAGGACGAUCUUCCGAACAUAGUUCACGUGUUGCUAGAACUAAAAAAGGUUAUAGAAAAGAUAAGCGCAAUCAAAUUGGACGUGAAAAAGAACAGACGUAAUGACAAUACGAUCAAGGGAGUAGUCACUAAUAGUCUCUCAUUAAUCGGCGAAACUUUUGCGCCAUAUCUUAACGAUCUGGUAUUCGAACCGAACGAUUUACAAGCACUGCGGAGCAUUGAUCGUGACUAGAUUCACAAAGGUAGAUAUCGAAAGUACAAGGUUCACAAGCGGUUUCUGUGUCAUCCAAUGUGGCGUGCAAACAAUAUAAAACCUAAUAUACAAAAGAUUAUUUUUAUGAGGAUUUAAUUUGAUUGAGUAAAAUGCAUUAGAGUAACAUUUAGAGAGUAUCAUCAUAAGAGCAACAUUGAAAUAAAAGGCAUCAGAGUAGCAAUAGCAACAG